AUGAGAACGACGGCAAGUCUGGUCAGCAUCGCAGGCCUCGUCUCCCUCACAACAGCAGACGCCCUGCUGCCGGAAGAUGUUACCGUCCCCUGCUCGAAAAUAUGCGGUCCCAUCGUGGACCUCUCGUCCAAGUGUACGCCCGCCAAGUCGAAGGAAGACGGCCAAGUUGACGGAUUUACAAACGGGACGGGAGCUGGUGCCGCGUGGGCAGCACAACGGAGAGCAGUCGCCCAGGAGCAGAACGAGCGACGGUUGCAACUCGACGAGCGGGAUGCGAAUCUUGAAAGAGGGUUCUACACGAUAGUCCCUGCACCGACGUCCUUUGACAAGAAAUACUCGUCGAUACUCAACCCCGACAGCGACCCCCUAACACAACCCCCAGAAGGGACGCCAACGCGAAUCUUUCCCGUCAUUGUCAAACCGUCAAUGCCGUCACCUCCUCCUCCUCCAGAAGCGGCAGCACCGGCAAUGUCCUCUUCACUGCCAACACCUCCUCCGCCACCGCCGCCGAUAGAGCAGGCUCCUUCAACACCCAGGGAACAAGCAUCAACAACAAGCAGUCAGGACCAACGGCCACCGACACCGUUGUCGAGCACGCCAACAAACCGGAGACCCGAAAAAGUGGCAAGCACAAUGAGCCCUGUGGGGAGUGCUGGCAUGGCCAUGGACGCCGAGGAACAGUGUUUCUGUCUCAACAAGAGCUUUGACGUGCGGCUUGUGGCAGCACUAUGUACGAGUUGCAUUGUCCAAGGGGGAAACAAGGAGACCAGUACGUUAUUAGGUUUUUACACCGCUUUUCUACAUGCGUUGGAUGCCAUGAUGAUGUGUUCGCUUCAAGCUAACGUCAAAUCUGUAGGCAUGAAGGCCGUCAUGUCAGUGUGCAACUUUGCGGAACAAGCCUACACACCAGCCGACGACAACAUUGUGGAAAGCAUCCGUGUUUCAGCGACGAGGCCCACGGCAGCGUGGGGCCAUCAAAAUGGCGUUUCGAAUGCAGGUCAUCGUGUAACAAGGGGGAUGGAGCCGGCAAGCGUGGUGCUGUGCGUGUUAAUAUCCGUCUUGUCGGCCAUGUGA